UUUGGCUCCCAACAAGCAGCCCGCGACCGGUGCCAUCUUGGUGCCGAGGUUGUCAUGGCUGAGGAGGCCGAGGAGCCGCCUGAAGAUGGACCCAAGCACGAGCUGCAGCACCGCUGGUGUCUUUGGGUACACCAACGACCAGGCUCUCAGAAGGACAAAGCCUGGAACGAGACUCAGAAAGAAGUGCACUCCUUUGAGACAGCAGAGGACUUCUGGUGUAUGUUUCACUUCUCCUAUCCUCCCUCCAAGCUUGAAAACGUGGACUACUCUCUCUUCAAGCAAGGUGUUGCACCUGCUUGGGAGGAUGCGGCCUUCAAGAACGGGGGCAGGUGGGUAAUCAAGCUUGAGAAGGUCAAGGCCCAGAGCCUCGACGAUUUGUGGCUCACGCUCAACCUGGCGCUCAUUGGUGAGGCCUUUUACGAGCAGGGUGGUGAUCUGGUUUGUGGAGCGAUCGUCUCUGUGAGGAGCCGCGCGAGCAAGAUCGCCUUGUGGCUUUCCGCCGCCAAGGACGAGAAGCGGAUCAUGGCCAUUGGCCGAAUGUAUCGGAAUGUCCUCUCCAGCACCCCUGGUCUCCAGGAGUUGGCGACGAAGGAGCUGACCUUCGAGGACUUCCGGAAGCAGUCCGUGACCUACGUCCUCUCGAAAGUGAGCGAGGAGACCGCACCCAGUCCAGCUUGGAGAGCCCAGAUGCGCUGGUGGGUGACGUGGGUGGGUGAAGUUGGGGUGCAGUUUUAGACAGGUGGAGAAAAAGAACCAUAAGGUCGGUCUUCUUUUUGGCUGUUCAGCUUAUGCUCGGAUCUUUUUCUCUCGUGGAGGCAAAAAACACAGAGAUCAGACUUGUUGGGGCUCCAAUAACUGCUAUUCCUGUGAGAGCGAAGUUCAUUGUCUCCAA